CCCAUGUAAAAAGAACAUCGUCUCUCAAUCUCCUCUUCUAUUUCAUUGUUGGAUUCUGAGCUUCUUGAUUUUCUCAAUAAUAAUCUCAUCAUCAUCUCAAUGAGGUUGUGAGUUUUGAUUUCAUUCUGAAUUUGAAUUGGAAUCAGAAUCGGAAUCAGAAUGGCGGCGGUGGCGGCGGCCACGACGUUGAACAAGAUCGAGAGGGCGCACCAGAUGUACAGAGAGGGGCUGCACGAAGAAGCCCUAGGGUUCUAUACAGAGGCGCUGGCCAUGGCCAAGACCAGGGCCCAGAAGAUCGCGCUCCACAGUAAUCGAGCUGCUUGUUAUCUCAAACUCCAUGAUUUCGACAAGGCAGCAAAAGAAUGCACCUCGGUGCUUGAGCUUGAUCACAAGCACACUGGAGCUUUGAUGCUGCGGGCUCAGACCCUAGUGACUCUCAAGGAGUACCACUCAGCACUCUUUGACGUCAAGAGGCUCAUGGAGUUGAAUCCAUCAUCAGAAGUGUAUCGGAACCUUGAAGCCCGUCUGAAGACGCAAUUGUCACUUGCUCCAAUACCUGAAUCUGAAGCAGAGCUAGAAGAAGAGGAAGAAGAUGAAGAUGAAGCAGAACCAGAAAGGGAUGAGGCAAAAGAACAAGAUGAUACUUCAUUACCUGAAUCUGAAGAGGAGCAAGAAGGAGAAGAAGAAGAAGAAGAAGAUGAAGAAGAUAAAGAUGAAGAUGAAACAGAACUGAAAAGAGAUGAGGCAAAGGAACAGGUUGAUAAAAAUUUGGAAGAAGACAAAAAAGAUCGAACAGAUGCUGUUGUCAGAAUAGAUCAGAAAGCUGAGCCUGAAGCAACUACUACCAAUGUCAGAGUUUCUGCCCCUCAAACAUUGAGCAAGAAAGAUUCAUCUGUACAGGAUUCCAAAGGAUGGCAAGCAAUCCCAAAACCAAAAGGACACUCAAAUCUGGAUUACUCACGGUGGGACAGAGUUGAAGACGAUUCUAGCGAAGAUGAUGAUGAUGAUGAAGAUGAUGACGAAGAGUCUCAGCCCCAGUAUCGCUUCCGCUUAAGAACAGUUGGUGUCCGACCUGUGAAGUAAAAAAAGAAAUACACAUAAUACAGUAAUACCAAUGUAGGACAGUAGAUAGAAAAGCCCUCAGCAAUGCAGAAAGUUAUAAUGGUUUCCCUUCCUCAGGUGCCAGAAGCCGUCACUUUAAACCUCCAAGACAUUGAGAGAUCAUCUCUGCCACAACAGUGAGUGGGACAAUGGUAAAUAGAUUGCAUCGCCUGGUGUUUGAAGGAGAAAAUUUGGCAAGUAUCUGGUUAGUUCUCCUAUUGUGCCGCCAUACCUCAACCAUUCCACAAAAACCGAGAGAGGAGAAAACCUGAAAGCAUUGUUUCAAAAGCCGGUAUUCGGUAUGUUUUGAAGAUAGAAUUACACCCUGUAAAUGAUAUGGAAUAGAAUUCCAUGGUGCUUUUGCUUGGAAGUGUGGUGGAAGAAGCAUACAAACUUGGGAUCUUAUGGCUAGUCUGAACUAUAAUAGAUGUUCAAAGAUCCCUGGGUUUCUUUGUAUCAAAGGGACGAUGAACUUGUAUUUAUUUAUUAAUUUAUUUCAUUUUUUAUCACUCAUUAGGAAUUUGUAUAUCAAAGGACUAAUUCCCACAAUCAUUGAUGAUUCAUUGGA